AUGAGUGUGGAGCAGCCGACAACUUCUGUUCUUAUGGGACCGGCCAUACCUGCGGAUAGGACGUCCUCCGAAAAGAUCAAGUUUUCGUCACAAAACAACUCCCCAUGUUUAAAGAGUUUAAUUCGACUUCUUUGGGAGUUUAAGAAAAUAAUGGAAGAUUUUAAAUUUAUGCAUGAAAUGGAAAUUGGUAAGAGUUUAUACAAAAGUUCGUAUAUGUCGGAUGUUAGAUUCAAGGUGGAAGGAAAAAUAAUAUGCGCCCAUAAAAAUAUUUUGUCUUAUAGAAGUGAAAUGUUUUAUACCAUGUUUUUUGGUAGUGUGAAGUUGGAAGAUAGCUGCGUGCACAUUGAGGAUAUGACCAUGAAAAAUUUAAUUCAAAGAUUUAUUGCAGAAUUAGAAUAUGAAAAAAAUUGUACCGAGCCAAAUAAUUUUUCAAUUUCUCAUAAAUGGGCCAAGAAUGAAUGCGCCAAAUGCCAAAUUCCUGACAAUUCUGCCAAUAUUAUUUCUAAAUUGUCGAAGAAUAAAUUCAAACCUCUUUCCAAUUAUAUUCUAAACUUCAAUUUCUUAGACAUUAUACAAUUAGUACGCGACCCCAAAUUGUUGGAUGCCUCUGAAAUAUGUGAUAUAUUGAUGAAAAAAAUAUCGUCGUUUGACAGUGAUUACAGCGCUAUAGUGUAUAAACAUUUUUACCAUUCCACAUCGACUCCUAAAUUUGAAAUAAAAACUUGUUCGCAGGAGAAAGCUAGAAAGAGACAGGCACUUUGUCGUAGCAAGAAAAGUAACGAACCAAGUCCUAAUCCUACAACAUCCAAGUAUCUUGAAGAUACUGGAAAUAAACAAUUUGCUUCAACAUCCAAUCAUCUUGAAGAUACUGAAAAUCAAGAACAAGUUGAACAUUACUGUGGGCCAUUAAAUAUUCUAUGCCCAUAUUGUAAUGCAUUAAAUUUUAUUUCUGAAAAACCAUCUGAUGGAAAAUUUAAAAAUUGCUGCCACAAAGGUCGUGUUUUAUUGCCUUCUCUACAAUAUCCAGAUUUUUUAAAAGAUUUACUUUCAAAUUUAGACAAUCAUUAUUAUAAAAAUUUCUCUCAGAAUAUCCGCUCAUACAACAGCUCCUUGGCCUUUGCCUCGAUGGGGGCUAAAAAUGAUAAUUUAUUAAAUAAAGGCCCAUACUGUUUUAGGGUUCAUGGUCAAAUUUAUCAUCGAACUUCACAUUUAUAUCCUCCUAAUGGCGUUUUCCCAAAAUAUGCACAAUUAUAUGUUCUUGAAACAUCUCAGGCUAUUGAAAAUCGUGUACUUUUAAAAGAAAAUUCAGCCUGUGAUAUUCAUUUAUUAAAAAAACUUGAUAUUUUAAUUCGUCAAAUAAAUCCAUAUGCUAUUAGCUUUAAAACAUUGGGUGAGGUUGAGAAGGCCGAAGAAAUGAAAGCUAGGUUAGAAAACCGUCCUAUAUCAAAGGUAAAUAUGAUUUUUCGCCGUGAUCGUGCUAAUGAUAGAAGAAGAUUUAAUAUUCCUACUAUUGAUGAAGUAGCAAUGAUUUUUAAUAACGAUGAUGGAGAACCACCUUUUCAACGUGAUGUUAAAGUUUAUCCACGAAAUGAUGAUUCAAAUUUAGUUAUCUUAAAUAUUCUUAGCCCAAAUUUAGAUCCUAUGGUGUAUCCUUUACUAUUUCCUUAUGGUGAUCAUGGAUGGCAUACGGAUAUGAAAUUUAAUGGGCCAUUUAACAAGUUAGCUAUUCGUGCUAACAUUUUUAAUCUUAUUCUUUAUGCUGGGCGAUUAUUUCAUCAAUAUGUUGUUGAUUCUUACCUCCAAGUCGAAGCUAAUAAUUUGAAUUAUAUAAAAUUAAACCAAUCAAAAUUACGUGUAGAGGAAUAUUCAGGGCUUAUGGAUCAUAUUUCUAAAGCAAAUGAUAAUACUAAUUUACCUGUAGGAAGAGCCGUUAUUUUGCCUUCUUCUUUUCAGGGGUCCGAAAGAAACAUGCGUGAACGAUAUCAUGAUGCUAUGGCUAUCGUUUCUAAGUUUGGUAAGCCUGAUUUAUUUAUAACUUUUACAUGCAAUCCCAAUUGGAGGGAAAUUAAAGAAAAUCUUUAUAAAGGACAGAACCCUUCGGAUAGACCUGAUUUAUUAGCUAGAGUUUUUCAUUUAAAAUUAUCUGAAUUAUUACACGAUAUUAUUAAAAAAGAUUUCUUUGGCAAAUGUUCGGCGUAUGUUUAUACCAUAGAAUUUCAAAAGAGAGGAUUACCUCAUGCUCAUCUGCUCAUUAUAUUAAGCGAAAAUAAUAAAAUUGAAACAACCGAGUGUAUAGAUAAUUUUGUUCGAGCUGAAAUCCCAGAUAAAAAUAUCGAACCCCGAUUAUAUGAUAUUGUAACUCGCUUUAUGAUACAUGGACCAUGUGGUAUUUUGAAUCCUCACUCACCAUGCAUGGAAAAUGGUUCGUGUACAAAAAAAUUUCCGAAAGAUUUUCAAAAAGAAUCUCAACACAAUGCGAAUGGAUAUCCAUUUUAUCAACGUAGAGAUAAGGGUUUUAUUCAUGUCGGAGGUAAGCCAGUUGAUAAUCGAUACGUAAUCCCUUAUAACAAAUAUCUAUUAUUAAAAUUUAAUGCACACAUAAAUGUUGAAAUAUGUACAUCAAUAAAAUCCGUCAAAUAUAUUUUUAAGUACGUUUACAAAGGAUACGACUGCGCUAAUAUAGAUCUUAAAACUAAUUCGCUUCAAUCUCAUGAUGAAAUUAGAAUGCAUAUAAAUGCCCGAUAUGUAAGUGCAUGUGAAGCCAUGUGGAGAUUAUUAGAAAAUCGUAUGCAUGAUCGAUCUCACGGUAUAAAUCGAUUAGCAAUACACUUGCCAUUUCAUCAACCGGUAUAUUUUAUAGAAGGACAAGAACGUCAGGCAUUAGAGAAAUCUGCCAGCAGAAAUACUACAUUAACUGCCUGGUUUGAAUUAAAUAAAAAUGAUGUUAAUGCCCGUCAAUAUUUAUAUGUCACUAUACCAUAUCAUUAUACUUUCAGCGCUAAUAAGUGGAAACCAAGGCAAAGACAAAACAAUAUAAUUUCAAGGAUGUAUACUGUUGAUCCUAAAUCCGGCGAGAGAUUUUUCCUACGUUUACUAUUACUUCAUGUUGUUGGCGCCACAAGUUUUGAAUAUUUGAGAACUGUAAAUGGAGUUUUAUAUAAUACUUUUAAAGAGGUGGCUUUUAAAAGAAAUUUAUUGGUUGAUGACAAGGAAUGGGAAGCAUUUAUGGAAGAAGCGUCAACAUUUUUAAUGCCCAUACAGUUGCGUCAAUCUUUUGCCUUUAUUUGUAUUUUUUGUCAGCCAGAAAAUCCAAAUAACCUCUGGGAAAAAUUUAAAAAAUAUAUGAUAGAAGAUUUCGCACAUACCCAUACAGAUUCUAUUGCAAUUAAUAUGGCCUUAUCAGAUAUAGAAAAAGUAUUGCACGACCAUGGUUUUCGUUGUAGUAAUUUCAAUUUGCCUGUUCCUACUUUAAUAGCUCAGGAUGAUUUUUAUAAUAAUGAUCUUGAGGCAGCUGAGGCAUUGAAACUAAUUACUAAAUUAAAUUUUUUACAAAAAUCAGCCUUUGAUUUAAUCGUUCAAUCUAUCGAAAAUAAUGAUUUUCCUCAGCGUUGUUUUUAUAUUGAUGGUCCAGGUGGAUCGGGAAAAACUUUUUUGUAUAAUACCCUAAUGUGCUACAUUAGAGGACGCAACCAAAUAGUUUUACCGUUUGCAACAACAGGCAUUGCCGCUAUUCUUUUAAAAGGGGGUAGAACAAUACAUAGUGGAUUUAAAUUACCUAUUCCGAUUGUUGAUAACUCUGUAUCUCGCAUGAGUCUUCAUUCCCCUGAUGCUACUGUUAUUAAAAGGUCCAAAUUAAUUAUUAUCGACGAAGCCACAAUGAUGACUAAAUACGCUUUACGCUGUAUCGAUAGAUUACUUAAAGAUAUAAUGCAAACACAGUUCCCAUUCGGUGGUAAAGUUAUAUUAUUGGGCGGCGAUUUUAGGCAAACUUUACCUGUCAUUCCAAACAGUUCAAAAGCAUAUAUUAUUGAAUCGUGUCUUAAGUCUUCUGAUUUAUGGGUUUAUUUUAAAGUUAUCCACCUGAAUGAAAAUAUGCGGUUAUCUUCUGAAGAUGUUGAGUAUAAUUCCUGGCUUUUGAAUGUUGGAGAAUCUUUAUCAAAUGUUUCCAAUCCUUUACUCCCUCCAGAUUUGAUUGAAAUCCCAAAUUCAUUAUUAGAAAAUUCAUUAAUCAAAUCAAUAUAUGGAGACUCCAUACAAAUAUCUGAUAUUAACCUAUUUUCAAAAAAAAUUAUAUUAACCACUAAAAAUAACAUAGCCCUAAAUUUAAAUAACGAAAUUAUUCAAAAACUACCAGGAAAUUCUAAGAUAUAUUUUAGCGCUGAUUCUAUACAAACAGAUAAUCCUGAGGAUUUACUUAAUUUCCCCAUUGAAUUUCUUCAUUCUCAAACCCCAUCAGGAAUGCCUCCUCAUAUUUUAAAUCUUAAAGUUGGGACAAUAAUAAUGCUUCUUCGUAACAUGAAUCCCAGCAGAGGCUUAUGCAAUGGGACACGACUUCUUAUCAAAAAUUUACAUGAUAAUUUCAUAGAUUCUGAAAUAUUAUCAGGAACGCAUAAUGGCCAUCGCGUUUUUAUUCCUCGAAUUGAUCUUUCCCCGAGCGAUUCCCGGUUGCCUUUCAUAUUAAAAAGACGCCAAUUUCCUAUAAUUCCUGCUUUUGUUAUCACUAUAAACAAAAGUCAAGGUCAAACAUUCGACAAUGUCGGCCUCUUUCUUCCUGAACCUGUGUUUUCCCAUGCAAACUACAAUCAACAAAAUUUUAAGGCAAGCGCUACAACCAUGGAAAUUAAAAAAAAGAAUCGUAUUGAGCAAAAUCAUCAAAGAUCCGAUACCAUUAUCACAAACUACAAUCAACAAAAUUUUAGGGCAAGCGCUACAACCAUGGAAAUUAAAAAAACGAAUCAUAUUGAGCAAAACCAUCAAAGAUCCGAUACCAAUAUCACAAACUACAAUCAACAAAAUUUUAGGGCAAGCACUACAACCAUGGAAAUUAAAAAAAAACCAACCACAUCGAGCAAAACCAUCGAUAUUCCAGACGAAUGCUUAAAAAUCUAA